AACACAACCCCAACGUGUCUGCAUACCUGCAAAGUCGUAUCAAUAUGGUAGCGCAAUCAGGUAUGGUUGAUCCAGCCAUCUUCCAGGACCUCCAGGCGCGUAUCGAUGAGGACGCUGCUGUUAGAGAUGAGCUGCGAGACAUCAUCCAGGCGCUUGAGAAGCAUAACCGUAAUGUCUCUUUCGUACUGUCGAGAGCCCAUUCCACACGCGUCGACGAGCUGUCGGAGAUGCUGAAAGCUGCCCAAGAGCCUAUUGACAAUGUGAUUGAAACGGUUUCCAAGCUCUCGCAAGCUGCAUCGAAGAUGCCAUACUACAAGUUCAACAACAUGUGGAGCCGCCAGAUGCAGGGCGCAUGCGAAAGCAUUCUCUUCUGGGGCUGGCUCGGCGGCUACAAGUACGAGGGCGGCCGUGUGCAAUGUGGACGGCUGUUGACCGUUGAGGAGCUUGGUGAGAUCUUCAAGAUCCCAGUAAAUCUGAAGGAGCGCGACGAGUUUCAUCUUUCGCUCGAGGAGUACCUGCAUUCGCUCAUGACGCUCGUCGAAGAACUGACACGCCUCGCACGCAACGCAGUCACUUUGGGAGACUACGAGCGUCCACUGCUCAUCAACCAGUUCGUCAAGGACCUGCAUGCUGGGUUCCAGGUCCUCAAUCUCAAGAACGACAGCCUGCGCCGCCGCAGCGAUGGGCUGAAGUAUCGCGUCAAGGAUGUGGAGGAUGUUGUUUACGACUUAUCACUGAGGAACUUGGUGCCUAAGAAGGGCGAGCAGUCGUGAAAUGAUUGAUGCAUCCUCACGGUCCACUCAGGUUUACGUAGCACUGCACGCAUCAUGGGAAAAGUUUCGCGCAUGACUACAAGGGAUCAUGUAUAUGAA